UAGAUCUAAAGAUCAACAUCGAAAAUAAUCGAAUGACGAAUUCAUAGCCAUAUUUUUUUAAUUAUCAAUCAAGCCCAGGGGUGUAAGCAUAAUAAACUGUUGUUGUUAGAGGUUAGAGUCACUUAGUAAUUUGUCCACUGUACUCUUAAAAAAUGGCUAGAGAUAAUACAAUGUGCAGUAAUUUGGCAAAGGGUAUACUGAUGUUUACUGGAGUAUGUUAUCUGAUCUCAGCUGGGUGCUUGUCAUACAUAGGAAUAUGGGUGUUCAGCACAUAUGAUCACUUUGAUGAAAUAGCUGAUGCUUCAUUGACACUCCUGCCUGCAAGUAUCAUUCUUGGAGUUAGUGUGGUUAUGUGCAUCAUUGGCAUCUUGGCAUGUAUUGCAGCUUUCAAGAACAACAAGGUUCUGCUUUCAGUGUUUUUCUGUUUGAUACUUCUGGUAUUUGUUGGUGAAGUAUUGGCUGGUGUCUUGGGAUAUAUUUAUAGAAAGAAGGUUGAAGGUAUCCUGGAAGAUGAUUUGAUGGAAGCAAUAGACAAGUAUAAUAUCCUGGUUAACAAGGAACAAAUUGACUACAUGCAGACAGAGUUCGAAUGCUGUGGAGUUCGCAAUGCUACAGACUGGGAAAAAUCUGCUUAUUGGAAGCAGAAUCAUACCAAAGAAGUUCCUCUGUCUUGCUGUAAAACUGACAUUGGAAAUGCAACUUGCAGUCCAAUUUUGGGUUCAAGUACCAUUUUCAAUAAGGGUUGCUUAAAUGAGCUGAAUGAUCAAUUCCGAAAAAAUUUGGUGUACAUAGCAACAUCUGUUGUAUUUCUUGCAGUGAUACAGCUCCUGGCAUUAAUCAGUACCUGUAUCCUGGUCUGUCGAACAAGAAGUGAGCACCAGUACCACACACUGAAUGAGGUGAUUGGUGGAGGGCUGCGAGUGUAAGGCAUGUUUAAUUAACAUGGUUACUGUACACUUUCUAAUUAUCAAGUCUCACUUGUAAUUAAUAAAAAAAAUAUAACUCCAAUUGAUAUUUAUGCUACAGUGUAUAUGAAGUUAAUUCCAAAAAUUUGAACAAAGAAUCAUGUAUCGCGAUAUUUUUAAAGACUAAAGUUACAAAAAAAAACCCAUUUGCUUUUUGUUCAUAAUAUUUUUCUCCACAAUGUAUGGCAUGAUAUUGUAGUCAAGCAAUGAUAUCAAUGCUAGCCCCCACCCCUCAUCAACUUCAGAAACACACUUCAGACAAGGUUUUAUUUAUUACUCAUGUAAAAUAGAAAAUGAUAUUAUUUUCAAUUUUAGUUUAGUUUUAAGAAUGAAAAUGCUAUUUAAAGCUUGAAUUAAACCAGACCAACUUGUCCUGUCAAUAGUUAUUUUCUAUUCAAAUUAUAAAACACCUACAAAAGACCUUAGGACAAAGGCCACAUUUGAAAAUUGUUUUUGUUUUUAUUCUUCUUUUUUGCUACAUGAAUUGUACAUUUUGAUACAUUUUACAUGUUUUAGUGAAAGUACUUAACUAAUUAGCAUUUUUAUACUAAAAUACUGUUUCAUUAUUUCUUUAAAAUGAUAAUAAAGACAUGUGUUUUGUUAAGGAUGUUUAGACUGUCAUUAAGCUUAUUAAUGAGUUGUGCUAAAAUAUACUUUAAAACUGCUUCAACCCUAAAGCCAUGGCCCAAAGUUUUUCCAUAUCCCCUCAUGCACAACUAUGUAAACUUUUUAAUUUAGAUGCAUAAAUUACGGAACAACAAUUAUAGUAUUUGGCUCUUAGCAGUGGAUCAACAUGGCUACAAUCUUGUCAACUUUUUAAAUCAGCUAAGACUGGUUUAUGUUGAUGUUGAACAUUUUAGGCGUAAAUUUUAAUAAAUGCUAAGUUUAAUUGAAUUUAAAAGAUUUGGUAAUUAGCUAGAUGCUGACCGCAGUAAAUAAUGUGUAUUGUGGUCAAUCAAAUUUGGCUAAUUUUGUCUGACAAGUUGUUGGUCUGGUUUAAUUGUCCAAUAAUUAAUCUUGAACUUCUCAGAGAUCCUGCAGUUAAGUCAGUGAAAUUAUUUUUUUUUACAAAAAAAAAUCGGUUAUCAUAUAAUCACAAAGAGAUUGUUUCAUUCGGAAAAAAAGUUUAAGUGUGAAAAUCUAAAAUUUUGACUUUCAAAGUAUUAUUUAUUUUUAUGUACAAAAUUGACAUUUUCAACCUCACAUGAAUAUCGAGUAGUUAAAUUUAUAUCAGGAUUUAAAACAUAAUAUAAAUUUUGUUGAAAUGGGCAUAUCUUACUGAAAUCCGUUAUAAUUUUUUCAUAAUUAUACUACAGUAAUUUGUUUUACUUUUGUAGACAUAGUGACAUUUGAAAAUUCUUAAUAUUUUUCAGUUUUUCACAUCUAUAAUAUUUUUUUUGACACAAAACUAAAGAAGAAAUAACUAACACAAUAUAUAUCUGUGUUAGUUUGUUUCAGGGAAUAUUUUUUUCUUAAUAGUAAUCCAUUGUAAAACACGAAACAACUAUUUUGUACUGUAUUCAAGAUUGUAUGCACAAACAUCCCACCUAUUGUUUUUGUCUACCACAACUUAUUUUCUGGUAUAACUGUUACAAACUGUUAUCAGCUGUUGAAAGAAACUACAGUUUCAAAAAGUUGUAAUCUGUAAAAUUAGAGAGCAAUGUUGUGGUAAAAUGUAUUUAUCUAAUUACAAUAAUAAAAUAAACUUUUCAAAUGAAAUAAAUGUAAAAGUUGUCAUGGCAUUUUAAUGAGAUAAACUUCUAUUACUUAUUCUUUCUCAUUUAAAUGAUAGUUAUUUUUUUUUAUAAAUGAUGCUAUUAAACCAAAAAAAAUUUUUUACAAAAAGUUUAGAAAGUCUCCAUGUAGCUAAAGAUAACAGUUAAGAAUGCAUUGAUAAUUUUCUAACAAAUUAAAGUUUUACUAUUAAAAUAAAGUUUGAAGUGUUUGAUUCAAUAAUGUGUUGGCACUAAAUAGAUGUGUUGUGAAACUUUAUUCAUAUUUUCCUGUGCAUUUGAUUGGCCAGAGUUUUGAUAUUUUUUUUGACAAUUGAGAUUUCAAUUUUUAUUCUAUUUUAAAAUUGUAUCAUAGUGUUUGAAUCUAAAAAUAAUUUUAUAGUUACAGCCUGCCUCCUUUAACCCAUUCUCAUGUUAUGCAAAUAUUUUUAUGUACUUUCACUAUGAUUUUUAUUAUACUGGUUUACUUUGCUCUUAGUCAUUUAAAAUGGGUUUUGAUAUUAUUUUAUUUUAAAGUUGUUUUUUUCUAUAGCACAACACAAUAGUGUAGAAAUAGUAUUUUGGGUACUCACUAUGGUCACCUUGUAAAUUCAAUGUUAGAUAUCAUGAAUGCAAUGACACAAGGGAUGCUAGGUUCUCUUGUUGAUGUGUUGAUACAGGCUGGUAAAUCCAUUGGUAUAUGUUGAUAACACCUGGAAAAUUGUGAUAGGCAGAAUUCCUUAAUACAAGCUAUGGCAUUUGAUAUUCAAGGGGUGAAGGAAAGAUAAAGUUAAAGUGAUUGACUCCUUAAGAAUAGUUCAUAUAUAUAUAUAUAUAUAUAUAUAUAUAUAUAUAUAUAUAUAUAUAUAUAUAUAUAUAUAUAUAUAUAUAUAUAUAUAUAUUAUUUUUGUUUUCUUGUAGAACAUUCCACCACCCUUUUUAAAUUCAUGAAAACAUUACUAGAAGGUAAACUGAGAUCUCUACAAAUCAAGUAUGUUUUAUGCUAUUUAAGUAGAUCCCCAUUUCUUGGCAUAUCCUUUACAUAUAUAUAUAUUUACCAUUAAAAUAGGAUACUGACUGGUUAUUAUGCUGGUCAACAAAACAAUAUUUGAAAAGUUGUGUUGAAAAAACUUUAAGGUGUUUGUAGUCUCCAGUGAAUGAAAACUUUAACUCUGGAGUUGGUGUUUUAACCCAAUUUUAUAUUUUUCAUUUGCCAGGUUUGCUUGAUUUCCAUUGUGAAAUUUAUGUAUAAAUUAAAAGUUUUAAUUA